AUGGAGAAGGAUUACAAGGAUCGAAAUCUUGAACUGGAUUUGAGGGAGAAAAAUUUGGUGGAAAAGGAGCAAUUGUUUGAAAGUCAAAUUCAGUCGGAAUUACAAAAGUGGGUCAUGACUGGUAUUGCGGAUUACCAGAUGAUGAAGACUCAAAAUGAUACACUAAAAGCAGAAGCGACCGUUUUGCAUGAGCAAUUGACCAGUGCACUCAAUACAGUUCAGAAACAAAAACGACAGUUGACCAUCUUGCAAGCAGAGUCCAUUGCCAACCAUGCCUUGACCAAUGAGGUUGAACAGCUGCAAAAUAUGUUGUCUCGACUGAAGAAUGAAUUUAGCGAAGAACGAAAUCAGCUGACGAAUCGCAUACUGGAACAGAAAAAUCAAAUGCAACGUUUGGUCAAACACUUGACGCUGGCCGGAAAUGAAAUUUCUAUUGAAUCCCCAAUUAUGGAAGAAAGAAAAUCCGCGUAUGAACAGAUCCCCCGAGCAAAUCAAUCGCAGCGGGAUUUUUUGAGCGUGUCAGCUAAGUUGGAAAAUACCAAUCCCGUGCCAACUACUGACGUCGACCCUACCACAAGACUGGAUCAUUGGAUGGACAAGUUGAACGAGAGCAAACAACGUAUGAGUCGUUUACGGGCAGAUUCCGAACAACUGGAGACCGCCUAUGACCGAUGGUGCACUUCAAACCCAAAUUGUAUAGCCAAGCUGGACUAUGAGAACUUGGUGAAUAGCUGCUUGAACGAACGUGCAGGACACAACUGCACUCACUCGGUUACUGAGUUUUCUUGUGCCAUUUUGCCACACGUGGGAAGUGGGUCAAAGUGGCACAAUGACGCUGCAUCUGCAGUGAAUUCCGAUGAGGAACUGCGUUGCAGUGAUGAAAAAGCUGCAUCGGACAGGUGUUCCUCUCACGUCGGAGUGACCACUCGGACCCACACAUCCCGAUCGGAACUGAGUGUUGAAAUUGACGAUCGACUGCAUCGUGAACCGCACAAGACAGCCGAUGGAUCAAGAAGUGCUCGCGAUACAGCUACUGCCGAUGAACAAAAAAUGAUUGGAAUGAAUGAGUUCACAGAACGUUCCUCAAGGAGCGUACAUGCAGGAUUGGAGGAAAAUGAACUGCUUUCUGCUAAGAUCACCUAUCGGGACAAAGACAAUCCCACAAACCGUUCCACCGACAUUAGUGAUGCAUUUGAAGCCUCGCAGCCGAUAAAAUUUUCGUCGCUGGCAGAAAAGCAGCCUUUGAAUCCACCUGACUCUUCCAUUUCAUCCAAGGAGACUACAGAAGAUUUGAAUGAAAACUCAGAAAAAGCAAUGCAAAACGCAGAUCACUCCACAGAGAAUGACGAUACGACACUAGAAGACGCGGAGGAAGAGGUGUCGGUAAACAUAGAGGCUGAAGCUGAAGACAAGGAAAACGACCCUCUGACCCCCACAAGCAAAUCUGAUCAACUGCUGCAAAGGUCGGGUGCGGAUGAGCUGAUGCAACGUUACAUGGAACUAAGCAAAACCACUAAUCGUGUCAGUGAGGCUGCACGAAUAACCGAGGAAGAGGAUGGACUUAAUAAAGCCGGCUCUUCUGAGGAGUACAAAGGAACCACUUUACUGACACAUUUUCUCAACAAUCCUGAGUUCAUUUCGUCCGACACCGAGAGUAAUUCGUCCGCCUGUGAACAAGUCCCCGAGUUGGAUGAUUUAAACACCGGACGAGAAAGAAGCGAUCCAUCCGAACUGGCUUGGUGA